AAUUAAGAAGCAGAAAAAAAAAAUUAAAUUUUCACCUUUUCUCUGAAAAGAAGAAUAAUUCUAAUUUUAUUUUUGUACAAUUUUAAGAAAAAAGAAGAAACAAUAGUGAUUAAAAGCUAGUGGUUUCAAUUACAAGCAUAUUAUAACGUUUAUCAAAACUUUUAAGAAAGUUAAAUUGUUUAUAUAAUAUUCACAUAUACAUAUAUACCUGAAAGGAAAAAAAAACAAAAAAUUAUAACGAUGACAUCUUGCCAACAACAAUUUAAUAAAAUCAUGUUUAGUAAAUCAAUAACAAAUAGUAGUGGACCACCAAGUGAAAGUCAAAGUGAAAUAUCAUCAGUUGAUAGUGAUUGGAGUGAUAUAAGAGCAAUUGCAAUUAAUUUAGGUGUACAAAAUCCAGAUGAUUUAUUAACUGAACGUUUUAAAGUUGAUCGUCAAAAAUUAGAGAAUAUGAUUAGAAGUGAAAGUACAGUUGAAGGAUUUUUAAAUAGUGCUGAAUUAUUUUUUGACAAUAUUAUGAAAGAAACUGUUACUUACGUAAGCUGGCCUUGUCGCUUGAAAAUUGGAGCUAAAAACAAAAAAGAUCCUCAUGUUAGAAUAGUUGGAAAACCAGAAUGCGUUGCAAAAGCAAAAGAAAAAAUUUUAAAUACAUUGGAUUCAAGGGGUUCCAGAGUUAUAAUGAAAAUGGACGUAUCAUAUACAGAUCAUUCAUAUAUUAUUGGACGUUGUGGUAAUAAUAUUAAAGGAAUAAUGGAGGAAACAUCAACACAUAUACAUUUUCCCGAUUCAAAUCGUUGUAAUCAAAGUGAAAAAAGUAAUCAAGUUUCAUUAUGUGGUAGUUUAGAAGGUGUUGAAAGAGCAAGAGCAUUAGUUAGACAAUCAACACCAUUAUUAAUAUCAUUUGAAUUACCAAUUAUGGCACCUGGUAGACCAGUACCAGAUCCAAAUACAAUUUAUAUUAAGGAAGUUGAAACAAAAUAUAAUGUUCAAGUUUUUUUUUCAACACGUACAAAAUUGCAUUCAUCAUUAAUGUUAGUUAAAGGUUCUGAAAAGGAUGCCUCUAAUGUAAAGGAAGCAACAAAAGUUUUAAUAGAUUAUACCUGCGGUGAUAUUGCUAAUCAAAUUUUGGUGCAAAUGCAAUUGGAAAUUUCACCACAACAUCAUGAAGUCGUUAAAGGAAAAAAUAACACAAAUUUAUUGCAUAUAAUGGAAAGGACAAAAACAAAGAUAAUAUUCCCAGAUGUUCAUGAUAUGAAUAUAAAAACAUUAAAAAAAUCACAAGUAACAAUUAAUGGAACUAUUGAAGAAGUUUAUCAAGCUAAACAACAAUUAAUUGGAAAUUUACCCAUAGCUCUCAUAUUCGAUUAUCCAUAUAGUCAAGCUGAUACAAGUGAAAUAUUCAAUUUAAGUAAUAAAUAUGGUGUUUUUAUAUCGUUACGAAAUAAACAAAAGCAAAGUACAAUGGCUGUUAUUAUAAAAGGAGUUGAAAAAUUUAUUGAUAAAAUUUAUGAAGCACGUCAUGAAAUACUUCAAUUGAAAACUCCAAUUGUUCAAUCUGAAAUACCAGAAUUAUAUUUUUCACCAAAAGAUAAAAAUUUGGAACCAGGAUAUCGUCGUACACUAACAGCAUUGUUAUCAAAAUAUCCUGAAAGUCCAUCAACACCCGGUUUCCUUAUGAAUAUAAAUCAUAAUAAUAAUAACAUUAAUAUUAAUAAUAAUAAUAUUAAUACAAAUUUAAAUUAUGCAAAUAAUACAAUGACAACACCAUCAUCUGCAAUGACAAAUACAAGUAACAAUAAUAAUAAUAAUAAUAAUAGUGGCAAUAAUAGUAACAAUAAUAACAAUACGCCAUUUAAUUAUCUCUUAGCAUAUAAUUUAAGUCCAUUUGUUCAAGGACAACAACAGCAGCAACAACAGCAGCAGCAGCAUCAACAACAUCAACAGCAAACAUAUCAGGUAACACCAACAACUGGAAAUUGUACAUUGAAAACAAAAUAUCAUAAUGAAAUUAAUAAUAAUUGUAUGAAUAAUAUAACACCAGUUUGUAAUAAUCAUAAUAAUUUUCAACGUUUACAACACAAUUCACAUCAUUAUCAUCAUCAUAAUCAUCAUAAUAACAAUAAUAAUAAUAACAAUUCAAAUAAUAAUAAUAAUGGUAACAGUAACAAUAAUAUAAGCGCGAAUAACAACAAUAAUUAUUUAGCUGUACCAUCUAGAAUUUCAUUAUCACCACGUAAUAGUAGUACAAAUACAAGUGGAUAUCAAAGUUUUAGUAGUAGUACUGCAUCUUUAGAACAAGGUUAUCCACCAUAUCCUGGACGUUGUGCUAGUAGCGGAAAUUAUUCACCUGAUUCAACAUUUAAUAAUGAUGGGGUUACAAGUAGUUUGAGUAUCGGUAAUAAAACCUUAAGAAGAUUAAGUGAUGGUGGUGUACAAAAUUAUUUAUCACCAACAACAACAGAAUUUAGAUCAGCUUCUAAUUUUGAUUUGAAACAUCAAAAUCAACAAACACCACAUACAUUUGAUUUUGAUAUGAAACGUAUUUUGGGUUAUAAAGCAAUGGAACGUCAACCGCAUGGUGAAUUACGUACACCUAAUGCCAACUGGAUUGGUUUAGGUUUAAGUAGAACAUCACCAGCACCACUUGAGACAGUUGAUGACAUUGGAAUGACAUGGAAUCGUAGCAAUAAUAAUUAUAACAACUCUAGCAACAAUAACAGUAAUAGUAGUAAUAAUAAUAUAACACCACUAGCAUCAACUACAACACCGACAAUAGCACAUGAUCAAACUCCUCAAAACCAUCAUCAUAAUCAUCAUCAACAUAGUCAUCAUAGCAGUAAUAAUAGAGGUGGUAGUGGUAGUGGCAGUAGUAAUGGUGCUGGAAUUGCCACUAAUGCUAAUACUAGCAGCAUAAAUGCACAAAUUUCACCAUAUAAUUUAGGGGCAACAACUGGUAUUGUUGAUUCAACUCCAUAUUCACGUCGUAUGCAAUUAUCACAACAUAAGGACAUUCAUUCGUUGUUGACAAGUCUUGGUCUAGAACAUUAUAUUAAAAUUUUUGUAUUAAAUGAAAUUGAUUUGGAAAUGUUCACAUCAUUGACUGAAGAAAAUUUAACUGAAUUGGGUAUUAAAGCAUUUGGUCCAAGAAAAAAACUUUUAGUUGCAAUACAUACACUUAGUGCUGAAUACGAAUUACAAAGUAGUUCAAGAAUGUUUUCUGGAUCAGCAGCACCUGGUGCUGAACGUCGUUCAAGUGCAUGGUAAUGCAAAUAUAUAAUACAAAAAAUUUGCUUAAUAUUUAAAAUGCAAGUAUGAUACUUUUGAAAAAAUUCAAAUCUAAUACACCCUUAUAUGUGUGGUACAUAUAAAAACAGAAAAAAAAAUGGAACCAAUAUAAGUUUGGAAUGUAUAAAAAUAUUUUUUAUCUAAUAUGAAUACAA